GGAAAACCUGACAGAAAUCGACACAGGGCAGAGCUGUUUUACCGCGUCAGCGAGUGAUAGGGGCGAUUGCAGAGACCCCUUGUUCUUCUUGACGUUGCGUGAGGAGGGCGAGAAGCAAAGAAGAACAAAAAAAAACGUGGGAGAAUCCUUAAAGUGUUGAUCCACGCAUAAUCACCCGCCGCCAGCAGCCUUCUCUUCUUCGCUCCGACACCAGGAAAUCCCCGGAGACAGCAGACGUGGUGAAGUUAACAAGCGGACGGGACGAGACAUCGACAGGCUUGAAACUGAGCGGUGGGAACUGGGAGACCCGCGCCUCCAGGUCGAAGAGGAAAUGCAACCUUUACCCAGAGUCUCUCCUUCUUCUUCCUCUCCACACCCCCAGCCUCCUGCAAAACGACCGGAGAGGCUUUCUCUGUGGCAGUGAACGAUACUUUGAUUUGAUUUUCAACAUUGUAAAUAGCAUGAUCACCUUGGAACUGCCGGUCCCAGAAUUUCCAGAGACUCGCCGGAGUUGGGCAGGAGGCAGUUCCAGGCAUGGACAACACCAUCACCCUGUGGCAGUUCUUGCUGCAGCUGCUCCUGGAGCCCAAGAACGACCACCUGAUCUGCUGGACCUCGAACGACGGGGAGUUCAAGCUUCUGAAAGCCGAGGACGUAGCCAAACUCUGGGGUUUUCGCAAGAACAAGCCCAAUAUGAAUUAUGAUAAGCUGAGCCGUGCGCUACGCUACUAUUACGACAAGAACAUUAUUAAAAAGGUGAAUGGGCAGAAGUUUGUGUACAAGUUUGUGUGCUAUCCAGAGAUAUUAAAGAUGGAUGUCAACAUGGUGGGUAAGGGUGAGAAUGGUGUCGAUUCCAGCUUGCCAGAUAUGAGUAGGCCGCAAAAGGACAAGGAGAACCAUACCCAGGAGAAGGGAGCUUCAUCUUCCUCCAAGAACUCCAACCGUAAUGAUUACAUUCGGUCGGGCCUCUACUCAUCCUUCACCUUGAACUCACUGCAAGCCAACCCAAACAUCUUUAAAUCCAUCAAGAUCGAGAACCCGGCAGAGAAGGUGCCAGAGGAGAAGAGGCAGCCGCCUUGCCAGGAACCGGUGACCGUGAUUAAGUUUGUAACCAACCCGCCGAAAAGACCCUCACCCCUCCCUGCGGUAGAACCAGUGGUGAUCCCCACGCCAUCUGCUGCCACGCCGAAGCCUGAGCUGUCGGAAGAAACUUCAUCUGCGCCAAGUGCGGUGACCUCCUUCACCACCACCCCACCCAUCUCCUCUGUCUCGCCCUCCGCACCUCUGCCCCUGAGCCCCGGCUCCCCCCUCUUAGCCUCCUCCUUCGACGCCCCUGCUGACUUGCCCAUCGAGGCGGAGCUGGCCGCCAGCCCUUCGGACCACCUGGCACAAUCGCUGGAGCCCUCCUCUGACGGGGAGGAUCCGUCACAGGACAACGCGGAAACAAAGCACCAGAAGGGCAGGUCAAAGAAGCCCAAGGAGCUGGAACUCGCCCCUGCCCUGGUCAUCACCGGCAGUGACCCGAGCCCACUGGGCUUACCGAGUCCUCCCCUGCCAGCAGCAUCCCUGACACCAGCCUACUUAACUCAGACUCCCUUCUUGCUGACUCCCAGUCCGCUGCUCUCUAGCAUACACUUCUGGAGUACUCUAAGUCCUGUGGCCACUCUCAGUCCAGCCCGGUUGACAGGAACCAGCACUUUAUUUCAAUUUCCGAACAUAGCCAACAACCAACUGCAGAUCCCAUUCUCGAAUGUGGAUGGCUCUUCAACUCCAACCUCCCUGUCUCCAGAUCUUCAGAAGGCCUAAUCAGGAAACUCAUGACUCAACAGUCCACUCUGACAACACUAUAGGAGGAUCUGCUAUGUUAAAGACUGUGAGGUCCUGCCGUGACAAUUGCCAAUGUGAACUGAUGUCUCUGGCAAACUAAUCCUUUGAGCGUUCUUCACAGGCAACAGUGAUCAGGAGAGGCGGGCCUUAACCCUGAACAGCACUGGAUGCUGAUGUAACUAAGGCAGCAACAAUAUCCAUGUUACUUCUUUCUGAAUUUGAUUUGGAAUCGGCUUCUUUUACUUACUCCACUUAUCCAAACAACAGUGACAUUGUUUGAUGGCUUAUCAAGUGAUAAGAGGUGGACCACUUAUGCAUAUCAAAACCUCAAUGACUUUAUACCUGUGCCAAGUUUCUUUACUUUGUUUCGAAGCUCCUCCUAUAUAGACCUUGCAUGUAGGUCUGAGGAAUUUAUGUCCAAGGAGCCGGUGGCAUAUGUUUAGAUCCGUGUUACUGCUUUGAAUUUCCACUCAUUCACUGAUUUAAUUGGUGUUAUGGAAGAGGAUCUUGGAUGACUGAAAGAGGAGCAGUUUAGAUCAGACCCCCCCCCCCCCCAGCUCUCUCAUUGAUCAAGUCUCAAGCACUGUUAAUUCAAUCUCGGGCACAGUUAGUCAGGGGACUGGACAGACGCCCAGCGACACAUCAUUGCUGCAGCUCCCUUCUGCAGAUCUCUUUGAUUUUUUAAAAUUAUUUAGACCCCAUGCCUUUAAGAAUUAGAGCUAACAAACUGGUGCCUGUUUUGGAGUCUGCGUGGUGUAUGUGGCGGAUGGUACAACCACAUGCUGAGCUCCUUCUGCUCGCUGACUCGGGGACAUGCUGUGAGCGCAGUCACUUGGUAAUUCGUGAACGCCACUCAGGAGCAGAUGGCUGAACUUGCUGUGCAAGACUGGAGAAUUCCAGUUGCCAAAUAACCAGUGGAAGUUUGCACUGUGGAUCUGGUAGAUUGAAAAGCAGAAUAUCGUGCCAAAUUCCUAGUAACUGCAUUAGUUUCAUAGAAUAACAGCAGAAAAUACUGGAAAUAUUCAACAUGUCUAGAGCACAGAGAGAGAGAGAGAGAUGGUUACCUUUCAUUGUGAAGAAAGGUCUUAUCCUCAAAUCCUGAGCUUCACUGCUACAUUCUGACUGACCUGUUUUUAUUUGUUAACCGAGCGGUUUCUAUUGCUACCUUUGAUCUGGAUGGGUAAAAUAUCUUUAUUUGCAGCGAUAUUUUUCAAAUGGCUGCAGGAGAAUUGCCAAGAGUGAUUUAGUGCAAAUUUUAUGCACAGUCUAUGAAUCCUUCCAAGCAGAAAAUGAACCUAGAGUCUCUCUGUGAUGGGAUAAUCAAAGAUGUUUGAUGUAAUGAAAGGUUAUCAACUUGAAAAUGUUAUUUUUGUUUCAGGAUGGGAACAUUUUUAUUAAAUCAAACAUCUUUGAUCUGAGCUCUGUCCCUGUCCCUCCACACACACUGCUGAUGUGUUGAGUAUUUUUAGCAUUUUCUUUUUUUUUAACAUUUCUGCAUAUCUAGAGCAUUUAACUUCUAAUUUAUUAAUUUCAUCUUUGGUUCCCUUUUCGUCCUGUGAGCUGAUGUGUCCAUUCCUCCUUCUGCCACCUUCACAAUUGGUUCCUCCCUCCAUCUCCUAUCCUUCAGUGCAUUGAUCCUCCGUCCCAUAAGACCUUGAGACAUAGGAACAGAAUUAGGCCACUUGGACCCAUCCAGCCUGCUCUGCCAUUCCACCGUGGCUGACUUAUUACCCCUGUCCAGCCAUUCUCCUGUCUUCUCCCUGUAAUCUUUGACACCUUUACUAAUCAAGAGCCUAUCAGAUUUUGUUUUAAAUAUACCCUACAACUUGUCCUCCACAGAUGUCUGUGGCAAAGAAUUCCACAGAUUUACCACCGUCUAGCUAAAGAAAUUCUUCCUCAGUGUCCCUAUGCUUCCAUCUCCCUCCUUUGUGUGCAUCUGUUCUUCAGUCUUCCUUCUCCUUCUUUGUGUGUUUGCCCCCCUCCCUCCAUUUCCCAACCUCCCCCUUUUCUGAUUCGGUACACUGCUCCCUACAGCUGGGAUUUUUCAGUGCAUUUAUCCCUCCACUGUGGAUCAGAAAAUGUAUUGGUUAUUUUGCUCCCUAUCUUUCAUAGUUUAUGCUGAUCCCUCCCCUGCCUGAUAGAUUUAAAAUACGCCGAGUUCAAACAACCGGUUCAAGGCAUAAGAUAAUGUUGGGUGAGGGAAUGUGAAGCCAUUUUUGAAGACAGGUUUGAAGCCAUUUUUUCAAAAACCAUCACUCUUCAAAGCUGUUCCUAUUUGAUCUGGAUGGGUAAAAUAUCAUUACUUGCAGCGAUAUUUUUCUAUAGGCUGCAGGAUAAUUGCUGCAAAUGAUUUAGUGCAGCUUUGUGCACGGUCUACUAAUCUUUCCAAGCAGAAAAUGAACUUAGACUCUCUCUGUGGUGGGAUAGUUGUAAUAUUAUGCUAGCUUCCUUCCUUCUGUGAUACAUGGUUAUGUUUUAUAAGAAAACAAAAGGGGAUUAAUUACUCAAACGUAAUAAUGGUAUUUUAUCAAUUAAGGUACUGAAUGCUAAUUUUCUGAAGCCUAGGCAUAUAGAUAUUUAAGGAGAGGAUAAUAAAUCCUACAGUGUAGGACAUCCAUCCCAAUGCUCCAAACAUAAGUGGCCGAGCCCUGUCUGAUUCAAUCUUGUUCCACUCAGUCCAAAUCUUUAAACAGGUCCUUGGAGGAUGUUUCUUGCCCUUGCUUUUGGAACAGUGUCACCAUGUAUUGAAACGCAAUGUUCAACCAAGCUCCUUUCCACUCAUUUGGGUUCAAAUGAAGACAAAGGUUCCAUUGGUAUGAUGUGAAAAAGAGCAAGGUGUUGCCCCAGAUCCUUGGCCAACAUUCCUCACUCUAAGGAAACUGAUUGUUCAUCUCAUUGCUCUUUGUUAGAGGCUGCAGGUAUAGAAUCCUUGCCUAGUCAACCCCCAAAACGGCCUGAGCUGCACUUCACAAAGAAUCAGUCACACAAAAGCACUUUUGAGCACUGUAUCAAAGCAAGCAUCAUCAAUCUUCAAGGGGUUAUCCAGUCCAAUUAAAUGAAAAGGAUUCUAGAAUCGGAACUGCCAGAUGCUGUUGGGAUACGAGGACACAGGUAUAUUGUGUUGACAGCAAUUUUUGAUUUAACCAACUAUGCGAACAAGAUGCAAGUAAUAAUUGCAUUGACUGCAGAGGAUGGCAUGCUAAACGUUUUGAUGUGAAUGCCCCUUUAUCACUCACUAAUGAACAUGGAAGAGAGCAAGCUGGCUGGCCCGGGCUGCAUGGAGUAAAGACAAUGCUUCACUGGGCCUGGUGAAGUAUAUAUCAAUGAACUAAGGUGGAGAGUAAGUUCCAGGAGAUGGACUUGCUGGAAGUUGAAACUUUUUGUUGGCUUCUUGUGAGCUGGAAUAGGCAGGCAGGACCCUCCUUUUAUAAAGAACUAUUCCAAAUGCUCUAAACUGGGUUUUGCUCAGAAUGUGACCUGCUAUUGUGCAGUAGGAUCAUGGAAUUCAUUUCUACUGGUAUGACAAAUGGUAGGUCAGAAAAUCUCUCUAUCCUAUUCUCCGGAUGUUGGGACUAUGACCUUUCCUAAUACUCAAACUCAGAAGAAAUAGAAAAUGUGAGAGAGCUGUGAAAUUAACCACUUGUGAUUCCAUCUGUGCCAUUUUCAAAAUCAUGCACAGAUUGUGAGUGAGAUGUCUACAACAUAUUCACAUUACUUACUCUGAACAUUUAUUGGAAUCUUUCAGAACAAACAAUUUCGGAGACGAAGAUUCAGGAAUUAAUGGAAGAGGAAAAAUAGUUUUUAAAAAAGUCUUUUUUGAUGUCUGAUUUACUUUUUUAAGAAUUCAUAAAAAGAUAAACAUUUACUCAAGAGAUGGAAUAGGAAACUGGUGCUGGAACAACCAGGGAGGAACAGAAGACAAUUUUACUAAAACCAAAAAUGGAGACUGAGUUGUGGAAUUGGCCACUGGCUAUACCAAGAGCCUUGUGAAGGUUUCUUUGAACCAAGAGGUUUGUGAAGCUUCUGUUGAAUGUAGGGGGAUGAUUGUGUUGUGAAAUUGACAGUUAAACUGAAUUUUGACACUAUGAACCUGGUUGCCAUCUACCAUGAAGAACACUACUGCUGUGGUCAAAGGAUGGUAGCCCUCCAGAAUCAUCUGGGCGUCAGCAGGAAUUUAAGAUUUAUCUCCUAGACACAGCUGUGAAUGGUGUAAAAGGGAAAAUGAAAUGACAGGGGUGGUUUCAAAGACUGUUUUCUUUUGCAUUUUCAUUGCAGACUUCCCUUUUUUAGUUACAAUACUAUUGGAAAGAUUUUGGGGGAGAAAAAGGGCUGUCUUGCUGAAUAUUGCUGUCCAGAGGUGGAAUUUAAAUAUUAAAAGAAGCAAUCUAUUGCAAGCACUGAAACCAUCCAUCCCAACAGUACAAAAACUGUGUCGUUUGCAAGACUGGGCAACAGCUGCCUACCGUCUUCUUGGCCAAAGGUGGGUAACCUUCAAUAGCCUUAAACCUGGAAAGAAAGUACUUUGGAUGUUUAUUUUUUCUUUUAAUAUAAUUGAGAGAUCAUCUGAAGAGAUUAUGAGACACAGGUGUGUCUACAGUGACAUUCUUGUACAAGAUUUCUAUGGUAUUUGGAUUUCAAAAGGGAAGUGUCUUAAAAUAUACAUGUUUAUUGAGUUUUUUUUUAGAAAUUUAAAAUGUGUAAAGAGCCAUGCAUUAUUACGUCUAUGUAACUGAACAGUUAUUUGACCAAACAGGGCUUAUUUGAUAUGAAUUAACGUCCAUUUAUUGAGAACCAGUCUUUGGGCUUUUAGUGAUCAGAGCAUGUUGGCACUACAGUUACUGAUUCUUUAUACCUUUGGCCUGGCCAGUGAUUUGUGGAUUUCUGUACAUAGGUGCUGUUUAACAACAUAGUUAAUGUAAAGGUGUAAUGCAUUUAAUUUUAAAUUACCUUCACACCCUUGUCAUAUAUGGAACCUGGGGUUGAAGUUGUACGCUGUGACAUUGGAAUUGGAUUCACUUACACAAAUCCCCUUUGUGAUUCUCCUUUGGCUGUUCUGUUAGCACAAUCACAUUGAUGAAGGAGGCACUAUUAUACAUGACUGACUCCUUGAGAGAUCUGCCCAUUUGGUCUCAUUACCAAGCCACUUUUGUUCCCUUUUUUAAAAAUUUCCAUCUCAAAUUCUUAUUUAAAACACAACAUUCAAUCUGUUGCCACUAAUAAUUAUUUUUUAUCAUGAUCAUAUCACAAUAGAAGGUAUUCAGUCCCUUGGACCUAUGCCAACUCACCAAGAGAUUUAUUCAAGUAUUCCAAGUCUCCAGACCACACUGUAACUAUUGUGUGGAAUAUAGCACAUAGGUCUGUUGUUUCUUCCAGUGCAAGUGUGUAUAGGGGUUCCUGGGUGCAAAUUACUGAGUUAUGGAAAUCUAACUUUAUACAAGUUCUCCCAUACAGCUUUAAAGCAUUCUUCAGGACACAAAUAAGAAUAGUAAAGAGAUUGAUGGUGUUUGUUAAUGACUGAAAAUUGCAUAUAUUCUAUUAGUUUAAUCAUGGGUAAUGUUGGGGUGAUUAUUCAAUAAAAUGUAAGAAUUAUAGCAAGUGUAUGUAUAAUAAAAACACUUUUCUGACCUGUGGAGAAAUUGGCUUAUGGACAUUUCUCAGGAACAGAGCCCUUAUGUAAGCUUGGGCACUGCCUAUGCUUGGGAUUACAGCAAAGUUUCACCAGUUAGAUUGUGGUGGAGAAACUGUCAGUUCAGGAGAGAUUGGGUUUAGUGCUCUUAAACAGUCUGGAGUUUAGAAGAAUGAGAGGCAAUCUCUUUACAGAGUUCGAGAAGAUUGAUUCAGAGAUGGUAUUUUCAUGCCCAGGGUGCCAUAGAACCAAGGGUCACAAGUUCAGCCUAAGGAAUUUUGGACAGGAUUGAGUUGAGAAGAAAUUCCUUCGCCUUUCAAAUCACUGGGCAAAAAGGCUUUGGAGGCUUGGUCACUGGAUAUAUUCAAGAAUGUGAUUUAUAGAUUUCUGAAUAUUAGAGAGUCAAUGAGUGUGAGACAAAAUAGAAGUGCCAACGUAAAAGUUGGCCCAAGACUCUAUUGAAUGGCAGAGUUGGCUCAAGGGACUGAAUUACCCCUGCUCUUAUUACUUUUUUUUCAAAAUAAUCCCAUUCUCUCUCAACACCUCUGGAAAAAUUUCCCUUUACAUUCUCCAUACGAGGAGAACAAUCUCAACUACAGCAAAUAACGUCAUCUUUGGUCACUUAUGUCACACAGAGUUCAACCCUUUUGGUUUCAUUGUUUGUGGACUAACUUUUCUAGUCAAUGUUUGAAAUGGAGAAAAUUCAAUGCAAUCAAUCAGUGAAACUACACUUACAGGGAUGUGGGUUGUGUAGUUGUUUACUGUUUUCUGUGAUAUGAGUGGUGUAGAUAUUAUCCUUUUACCUUUUGGGCCCAAGUUGGAAUCCAAUCUAGUCUAAUGCAACGUUGAUGAUUUUUUUUCUCCCAAUGUGUGAGCUCAUUAAAAUGGGCCCAGUAGGUAAAUGUCUACAAUGCAAAAACUGCAAAUAUUAUUAUACUAAUCUCAAGGAUUUCUAGCAUGGAGACAAGAAAACUAUCAUACUAAUUUGGUAAAGGUAUUCUGAGCAUUGGGACAGAGCUUUACUCUGCCUGUAAUCUGCUUUAUACGUGACCAUGGAAUGAUCAACUGUACUUACUGAACCUUGAUGUACCUCAUUAUCUUAGAGAACACUUUAGCAAAUUUAACAGCAAAUAUUGUUUUGUGCACUGUAGAGUGGUGUAAUAGGCCAAGAAAGCAAUUUGGCUCAUGUGAUGAAUUGGAAAGAAGCAAAAUGUUAAGGCCUUUUAUUGACCUUUAAUUGAUAGUAGCCAAAAUGUUGAAGCCUUGUGUUUCAGAAUAAAUAUUUUCCCCUUAUUAUACAGAAAGGCAUCAAAAAUAAUAAGAAAUAUAUCCAGAGUACUGGUAGCUGUAAAAAUAACUGCUGUUUCCAAUAAGCUUCAGUCCAUGAGGCACAAUGAAUAGUGCCUCAAAACAUCAUUGCAUUGCUGUGUAAGCCAAGAGUUCAGGAUGUUGUCAAUGCCUCAUUUGCUUCUCAGAUGGACAUAAGAGGUCACAUGACAAUUUUUCAAACAAGAAUAGGGAAAAUGUCUCUUGGUCAAUAUCCAUUUCUCCAACAGUGGCACUUCUGUUGAGGAAAGCCUCAACCAAACAGGAUGUUAUCUAAUUGUUUUGGAACCUUAUUGUGCACAGAGUGGCUGCAAUACUUAGGUACAGUACAACAAUGACUGCCUUUCUUAAAGAUCAGGCAGAGCAUGUAGGAGACGUGAGAGUUUCUUCCCAGUGGAGUAAAAAUGCCACAUUCAUGCAAGGGAGGGCGCUGUGGAGCAGAGUGGCGGGAGCUACAUUCUGUACAUCAGAAUGACUUAUAACUUGGAAUAGUUUCCAUUUCUGGAGCUCUUCACCAUUGCCAUCAGGUGGAGAGAAUUCUGCUCAUCCUCCCCACUGAUGGCAGGGUUGCAGAAUAGUUAAAAGCAGAGGUACAAGUGAUCAGUUGUCCACUAUUUAUUUUGAGUUUCUUACAUUGUUGAUAUAAGGGGUGAUUUCUCUUUCCACUUGUUUUAAAGUUUAUCUGCUGAAGAAAGCUAAAAGCUUAAUACAAAUUCAGCAUCAUUUAAAGCAACAAGCAUUUAAGUCCAAAGGAAAAUACUUUCACAAGAACUGUGGUCAAACACUAUUCUGGUCACCAGCAGGUGGUUGAGAUUUCACGAAGCACAAGUGACUGCAGACGCUGGAAUCUGGAGCAGCAAGUAACUUGCUGGAUGAACUUAUCGGACCAAGUAGUAACUGUAGAGGGAAAGACGAUUUUUGACAUUUCAGGUCAAAACCUUGCAAAAUGACCCACAAUGUCAGCAAUUCCUCCUUCCUCAAUCUCCACAGGUUCUGCUUGACCCACUGAGUUCCCCUAGCAGAUUAUUUAUUGGCUGAAAUUUCUCAUUAUUUAUGGAUUUCUAGAUUUUUUUUUCACCAAAUGUUGCUCAGGAAGAUGGAAGGGGGCUUUAGCAGUGCAAUAUUCAAUGUCUUACUUCUUUGAAUCUGACAAUGAUUAUUAUCCAAAGCUUUUGAAGAAUGGUUUCAAUCAGCCUACUUCAAUAGUUUUGUAAUAAUACCAGAAAGGGGCAUAUUCAUUUCUUAAUUCUGUAUUUUAUAUACAAGCUAUUACUUUACUGUUCAUUGUGGCUUAGUGGUCAGCACUCUUGCUACUGAGAUGGUAGGUCAUUAUUCAAGGGAGACCAAAGUCUUAGCCUCAUAAUCCAGAAUGGUGCAUCCAAUAAGAUUCCUGCGUCUAUAGCAAGGAUGGGCAUUGAGUUGGGACAUUGGCCAUAGUCCUUUCUGCUCUCAGGUGGAGGUAACUGAGCUAAUUCCUGAGAUGAGAGGGUUACCCUAUCAAGAGAGGCUGGAUAAUUUGAGUCUGCAUUCCUUGGAGUUUAAAAGAAUGAGGGAUGAGCUUAUUCAGAUCUAUAAAUUCCCAAGGACUUAACAGGGUAGAUGUUGAGAUGCUUAUGGUGAGACAAUCUUGAGCAAAUUGUUAAAAUAAAAAGAUAAGGGACCAGUUAUUUAAAACAGAGAUGGGUAGAAAUUUCUUUUCUCUGUAGGUAGUGAAUCUCUGGAGUUUUCUACCCAGCCCCCUCUCCCCUGAAGGGUGGUGGAGGCCUGAUCAUUAAAUAGAUGCUAUAGAUGCUGCCUGGCCUGCUGCAUUCGCCAGCAAUUUUUAUGUGUGUUGCCUGAUCAUUAAGUAUGUUUAAGGUGGAGAUGGAUAAAAGUCUUGAAAAAGAUUGGAGAGCUGAGGGCUUUGGGGAGCUGGCACAGAAGAGGAGUUGAGAGCAUAGAUGUGCCAUUAUCACACUGAAUGCGGGGUGAGCUUGAGUGGCGAGGUGGCCUGCUCCUGCUGUUUCCUUAUGCUGUAUGUUAUAUGCAACACCAACAAGGCACUAUCAUUUUGAACAAUAGGUGGAGUUUUAUUAUGUGUCUUGCCUAAAGUAUUGCUCAAUUGGCACCAUUAAAGCAAAUGAAAUGUUUGCUGUCACCUUGCUGUUCAUGGACUCUUGUCUACAAAAUGUGUCCCCUAGUUUUUCAUUCUUUCAAAUGCCUAGAACGCUUUAUAGCAGCUGAAAGGAGCUGGCAAAAUUCUUUAGUUCUCUGCAGUUGCAGUGGCUAGAAAAUUACUGGAGGAGAAAUAAUUUUAGGAUGAAAACCAAAAGUUGUGCUUACCUACUUAUUUAUUCAUGACCCCUGAACAGCAAUGUCUAAAGCAGUGUCUAUUGUCUGCCCUGAAUUCCUCUGAAUUGUGUGGAUUGUUGGGUCUUCUAAGGGAGCUAAUAAACACAGCCAUUUCACACACACAGCCCUGGGUCCGGGUCCCCAUUUAGAUAUAGAUGCCAGAUUUUGGAGUGGAAUGGGUUUAUUUAUAAGGCAGAUUUAGGGCUUUAUAAGAAUCAGCAGGCUCACAUUCACUAAUUUCUGUUAAAUUCAAAUUCAAUUUACCCACCUCUGGCUCCUCCAAAGUCUCUACAUUUUGGGGUUGCUCAACUUUUAAAAUUGGUCUGGAGUUUCCAGGAGUCUAGAGUAGAACAGCACAGAAACAGGCCCUUUGGCCCUUCUAGUCCUUUACUCUGCCUAGUCCCAUCGACUUGCACCUGGGCCAUAGCACCCCCCCCCAUGCCCAUUCCAUCCAUGUGCCUAUCCGAAUAUGUUGAAAUUGAACCCACAUCCACCACUUCCACUGACAGCUGGUUCGAUGCUCUCACCACCCCCUAAGUGAAGAAGUUCUCCCUCAUGUUCCCCUUAAACUUUUCACCUUUCACCCUUAACUUCUACUUCUAGUCUCAUCCAACCUCAGUGGAAAAGGCCUGCUUGCCAAUCCGGUGGUGGUUGUCCCAUCAAGUCCUAUGAUGACAGGAGACCUGUACGGGAGAGUUUUGCUCUGGAGCAGAGCCACUCUGUCAACUUCAGAAGUCCGGGUUCAGUGAGUCAAUCAUGCAUCACAAACUGGGGUUGACCAUGAUGUCUUCUGUACCUUGUCAUGCCCAUCGCUCUCUUCAGAGCAUUGCUGUGCCACAUUCCUAGGCAUUGGGUCUCACUGUAGAUCUCAUCUGCCCGGUCCGCUGGAGCUGACUUUGCAAGCUAGGACAGGCAUGUCCCUAUCUCACCAGGGUAUGAGGCCUGUUGUCUCCCCUCACCCGGUUUAGCCCUAUCUAUCUACACCCCUCAUAAUUUUGAAUCUCGCCUCAUUCUCCAGUACUCUGGGGAACAAAGCCCCAGGAAUUGAAGCUUUGACCAAUCUGCUGUGACCAAUCCUGGACAAAAGUCAUGGAGGUGAUUAAAUAAAAAAAUAAAGGUGGGGAAAGGAAAGCCUUAGAUUGACAACUAGUCAAAUUAUAGAAAAAAAUCAAUGGUCAAUUGCUAUGAUUAACGAACUUAAGCUAAUGAGAGGCAUUGGAAAGAGCAGUAUAUUGAUGUGCAUAUAACUAAUGGUAAGAGAAAAGUGAUAUGCACAUUAAUCUACAUUAAUUUACAGAUAACAUGAUGUUACAUUACUCCAGCUUCUAUGAGGUGUGAUCAUCUGAUAAUUCCUCCAGUAAUGUAUCCAAAUCACAACUGACAAUCCUUUCCCCUCUGGAAGCUGCUUGCAUUUACCCUUCCAUAUGAGCAAGUAACUUGAUAUUUAAUGUACUGUCUCUUCACAAUCUUUGAAAAUUUAUGAGCUUGAAUCCAGCACAAUUUAUUCCAAUGCAAACAGAUCGAACUCCUUUCAUUUCAUGUCAGCUGCCACAGUUAUUGUGAAAUAUCCUAAAGUUUUAUUGUUCUUGCUUUGUCUAAAUGAGCUACUUUACGGAACAAAGCACAGCUUAGUUGCAACACAAAUAGAGGCCAUUUGGCCGGUUAAAUCUUCACUGUAUUUAUUUUGGGUCAGAGAGUUAUUUUCCUUUAAGUAGAAAUCCAAUACCACAGUUGAAAGUACAGAAUAAGUUUGAUGCUCAAAGCUGUGUGUGAAGCAGAAGAAACAGUACCACCCACCACAAUGUUAUGUAUACAUAAAGCAACUUUCAAGGUCACUUCAUAGAAUUAGGUAAGUAAGCCUGUGAAUCUAGGUAGCAAGUACAACCAGAACUAAUCUGCAAGAACUAGAUGUGCAUACAUUCUCAGCCAUAUUUGUUUCCAUGACAACAGCAUCAAUGAAUAAUGAGAUGGCUAUGAAGCAUUUUGAAUGGCAUUAAAGGAAAGCUUUUCCCACUUAAACUGUAGAGAUGGCUCUCAAACUCAGUUUUGUUCCUAACAUCCCGCAAUUGCAAAGAUCAAAACCAUGCAGGUCAUGGGGGUCGUUAAUGGUCCCAUUACAACAAGAUGAACUUUGAUUCACACCACAUCUUGAACAUAAGGCCUUAAGGUAUAAGAGCAGAAUUGGGCCAUUUGGCACAUCGAGGUUGCUCUGCUAUUUCAUCAUUGCUGAUCUAUUGCCCUCUUAGUCCCCAUCUCCUGCCUUCUCCCCAUGUUCUGACUAAUAUAGUGAAAUGGUAAAGGUGCUGUAAACAUUAUGAGACUCUAUUUGGCGCUCACCCUCACGAAGGGAUUUUAGCAUUUAUGGUAAAGCUUGGUCAACUAGGUGGCUAUUAAGGAGUGAAUUAAAGAGAGAAUCGGGUGGAAUUCCAAAGUUUAGGCUCCAGGUAGGCAUGGGCGAGUGGAGUGAUUAAAAUGGGGCAUACUCAGUUGGUGGGAAGCCAUGUAGGGGGUAUCUCAAGGGAUCUCGCUUUCUUUCUGCUGGCUUUUUGCACUGCUUAUUUAUUUUAUCUAUUUCUUAUUGUAACUUGUAGUACUUUUUUAAGUAUCGCACGGUACUGCUGCCACAAAACAACAAAUUUCACAACAUACAUAUAGUGGCCACUUUAUUAGUACCUCCUGUACCGAAUAAAGCGGCCACUGAGUGUACAUUUGUGGUUCUCUGCUGCUGUAGUCCACCUACUUCAGGUUCUAAUGUGUAGUGCAUUCAGAGAUGCUCUUCUGCACAACAUUAUUUAAAUAAUAGUGGUGUGCAUAACAUGGUUAUUUCCAUUACUUCCAGUCAGCUUGAACCAGUCUGGCCACUCUCCCCUGACCUCUCUCAUUAACAAGGCUUUUUUGACCACAGAACUGCUACUCACUCAAAUGUUUUUUUUCUCUGUUUUUCGCACCAGUCUCUGUAAACUCUAGAGGCUGUUGUGCAUGAAAAUCCCAGGAGAUCCGCAGUUUCUGAGAUACCCAAACCACCCCGCCUGGCACCAACAAUCAUUCCACGAUCAAAGUCACUUAAAUCGUAUUUCCUCCCCAUUCUGAUGUUUGGUCUGAACAACAACUGAACCUCUUGACCAUGUCUGCAUGCUUUGAGUUGUUGCCGCAUGUUUGACUGAUUAGAUAGCUGCAUUAACGAGCAGGUGUAUGUGGCCAUUGGGUAUAAUGUCAACCAUAACGAACCUGAUUUGAAUUUGGAAUGUUUGCACAGGAGGUAAUGGGGAAAAUUGAAAUGUGAAAACAUGGAUAGCCAUUGUAACCAUGGAUUGCCAGACUAAAAUAAAAUAUAGCACAGCAAGCACUGACCUGGACUUGAUGGAAAUUAGAACUAGCGCGGAGGAGACAGGAUAAAAUGAAGCCUGCACAAGGUGGGCCCAGGAGCCCACUGGAAAAGCUUACAGAUACCAAAGGAAAAGGGAGGAAGGGACCAGAUGAGCUAUAGUAGAAGCUAUUCAACAAAUCAUUAAAUUCCCCGUUAAAAUGGAGCAUGACUUCUCUCUUUUCCAUUUGCAACCCACUCAGACUCUUGAAUUCAUUUCCUUCUAUUUCGAUCCCUGUGACCAACUAAGUAAUAAAAAUCCGAGCUCAUUGUUACCUAGCAACUAUUGCCAUACAGGUACUACCCUUGUCAUUCCCUCAUGUAUUUGUCCCUUGCAGUUUGUGGGCCACAGGAAACUUAGACAAUAGGGCUUUGACUUGGGUUGAUAGUUAGUGUUUACCCAACCGCAUCUCCUCUGUUCUGACCUGACUGAUAGGCAUACUUUUAAUCUAAUAAUUCAGAGGAUUAAAGGGGAGGUUAAACAAGAAAUCAAAUCUAAUUAUCAAUUUGAGAUUUAAAUGCAAUUAAUUUUCAUCAUUGUCUUACAGCAUGGAAAUAGGUCCUUUACAGAUUCAGAUUCAGAUUGAAAUUCAUUUAUUUAUCCAGACAUGCAGUGAAAUGUGUCCUUUGCAUCUAAAGAUCUGCUGGAGGUAGUUUGGCCCACUGAAUCCACAAAUGUUUACUUACUAAAAUCUGACAAAAAACCCAUUAUCCUAUGAUCUUUCUCAGCUCACCUUAAAUUCACUACUCAUAUACUCACUAGUGACAAAUUAAUCCACCAUCCUGCAUGUCUUUGGAGUGUGGAAGUAACCUGGAGCAUCUUGGGCACAGGAGGAAGAACUCAGAGGCAGCACCACUGGGUGGCCUAGUGGUUAGCACAACACUUUACACGAUUAGGGUUACAGUGCUGCUGUCUGUACAUUCUCCCUGUGAAUGCUUUGUUUCCCUCCUGGUCCUUUGGUUUUCUCCCAUAUUCUAAAAGCGUAGUGUUAGUGAGAGGUGGGCUUGCUAUGUUGGGACUGAAAGUGCGGCAACUCUUGUGGGCUGCUCAGCACAGUCCUCACUGAUUUGAUUUGACUCAAAUGGCACAUUUCAAUGUACGUGUGACAAGUAAGGCUAAUCGUGCAUCUUUCUUUCACUACUAGCUGCAUUGCCGUCACCUGUAAAUGAAAAAAAAUCUCUUCUGCGUAAGUGAUUGUUAUUGCGUCCUGAUGAGAAAUAUCGAUUCUUUAUUCCUCUCUGUAGUUUCUCCACGCGCCAAUAGGUGUAUUGGGCUGCAAGCUUGCUGUUUCUUUAGCAUUUGUCUGUUUUGCGAGGCCAAGUUGUUCAAUGCUCAACUUAGCGCGAGUAGAAUUUAUGCAAGGAGACAGCCAAGUUCAAACCCGGGACUUUUCACUCUGAUGCCACUGCACCACCAGCACAGACGUUUAUUCCUUGCCUAACCUGCUGAGUUCCUGCAGCAUUUUGUAUGUUUUUCUCUGGAUUGCCGGUAUCUGCAGAAUAUUUUGUUUAUGAUUGAUAUUGAAAGUCUGAUUGCUUCAUUUAUGUUCCCUGGGAAGAACAUUUGACAUCCUCAUCAGACCUGUGCCUAUCUCUGACUUCUGACAUUUGAGAAUGCUGGGUUCUUAACUGUUGUUCUGCAUUGAAUUAGAAAACUACUCUGCCAUAUCAGGGUGGGGAGCAGUGAAUAUUGGACUUGCCAGCAACACCCACACCUGUGAAUUAAUAUUGAAAGCUGUCAGCGGGAAGAUUGCUGUCGUACAAUUUCUAUUCUGGCACCAUUGCACCGGAGUUCGGUGAAAGUGCUGCAGCUGAAUCAGAAUAGAAAAUAGCUUCAGUGUGGGAGUGAUGUGAAUCCUUGCUGUCUCCUAACUCCACUUGUAUUAACUGAAGUGCUAUUCUGCAAGAUGAUGAGUCACUGCCGUUGAUGAUAGCAGGGCCACUUCAGAGAUGUUUUCAGCUUUGAUUUAAUCUCUCCGUACCCCCCUCCCUCCAUCCUUCAGUUGCAUCAAUAAUCCUGUUGAUUAUUUAUCAAGUUAACUCAUUUAAUUUUCAGGCUCUGAAUGUUUUCGCAGUCUCUCUCCUUUCCCUCCAAUAACUGGGGCCGAAUGGACCACUUGCCAUUCUUUUCCUAAGCCCCUCAACUCUUGAUCCUCGUUUAUGCUCCUCUUUAAAAUUCAUUUGUUUGCCUAAAAGUUUGGUCUCCUUUCUUAAUACACAUGUGGCUUGUUGAAGUUGUAUUGGCAACUUUUCAGCAUGUUUUAGUACUUUAAAGGUGUUAGAUGCAAGUUGUUGUCGAAGCAAUUAACUCUUUACUCUUGGAGUCUUCGACCACUGCAAUGCAAAAAUACGCCCUUCAGCCCAUCUAGUUGAUACCAAACUAUUAUUCUGCCUACUCCUAUUGAUCUGCACCUGGACCAUACCCCGCCCAUCCAUGCACUUAUCCAAAUUUCGCUUAAGUGUUGCAAUUUGUUGUAUUGAAAUAACUUAGCUAGCUGCCUGCUUGUCUAAAUGAAAAUGUAACUCUUAUUACCACCAGGUUGAAGUUAAGAGCAAAUCUGUUUCAGGGAAAAACUUGAGCAGAGUUCUUCCUGAUUCUGCAUUUUCAGCAGAGACUAACACCAAAAGAGUAGCCUACAUGCCAAGUUGCCACUUGAGCCCAGAUGGGAAUAUGGGCAUUCGAAGCAUGUUGGUCAUUGAAUGAGACUAUGCGACUGUACUCCUGUGCAGCAAAAAAACCUAUCUUGCUUGGAUUUUAUGAUCAAUUGUGCUGAUCUGUGCUACUCUUUAGGGUUAUGCAGUCUGGUUAUAAGCCCUUCAGCCCACCAUGACCAUAAUGGGCAUCAGGUCCUUGUCUACUAAUCCCACUUCCCAGCAUUCUGUUUGCAGUCUUCAAUGCCAUGGUGUUGCAAGCACUGUGUAAAUCCUCCUAAAAUGUGAGAAUACAGCCUCCACUAACUUCUCAAAUUGUAUGUUCCAGAUUUCAGUCUUUGAGGAAAAGAAAAAUCUUCCUGAAGUCCUCUCUGUACCUCCCAUUCCUUGCCCUAAACCUCUACCCACUGGUUGUGGACACCUCUGCUAGAGGGAGGAAUGUCUCAUUAUCUGCCAUAACUGUGCAACCCCUCACGCCCACUUUUAAUGCCUCAGCCUGGUUUACCCCCUGUCUCCUGCUCUCCAAGAGAAACAAACCCAUUCUAUCCAGUACCUCCUCAUAGCUUGAAACACUGUACCCCAGCCAAUAUCCUAGUGAAUCACCUUCGUACCCUCUCCACUGCAAUCCAUUUGCGGGUUAAAAACCCACAUCUAAGCGACCCUUACUAACCUUCUCUUCCCUAAGGCAUACAGUACUGUGCAAGUCUUAGGCACCCUGGGGUUUUUAGAUGGUUUCAGAUGGCAUGCCCUCUGUAGAGCCCUGAUCUUAACAUCACCGAGGCUGUCUGGGAUUUCCUGGAGAGACAGAAGCAAGCGAAACAGCCAAAGUCUGCAGAAGCAGGGCGGCAAGUUCUCCAAGAUGCUUGGCAUAACCUACCAGCAGAUUUUCUUACAAAACUGCGCGGCAGUAUACCUAAGAGACUUAAUACAGUUUUAAAGACAAAGAGUGGUUACACCAAAUAUUGACUUGAUCUAGUUUUUUACCGUUUACUGCUUCUCAUAAUAAUACUUUUGAUAUUUAGAAACUUUUCAUUACUCUAGAAGGCAUCUUUGCUUUACAGAUUUUUUUAACAUGUGCCUAAGAUGUUUGCAUAGUAAUAUAGCUCUGGUUUCAUGCUCCAAUUUCUGCCUCCUGUUUUAAUAGGAGAGACUUGGCUGGUGUGUGUGUGUGUGCCAGAAUCAAGAAUUGCUCUAUUUUGGUCUCUGGUUUUGGAUAUUAAUCCCAGGCAGUUAUCCUUGCCAAUGUUGCCUUUGGAGCAUUGUGUGUCUUGUAAAGUCAGAAUCAGGUUUAUUAACCCUGACAUAUGUUGUGAAAUUUAUGUUAUUUGUGUUUGUAGCAGCAGUACAGUGCAAUGAAUAAAAUAUACUAUAAAUUACAGUGUGUGUGUGUGUGUAUACACACACACACACAAAAUGUGUAGUGCAAAAAGAAAGCAAAAAUAGUGAGGUGGUGUUCAUGGGUUCAGGGACCGUUCAGAAGUCUGAUGGCGGAAGGGAAGCAGCUGUUCAUAAAAUGUUGAGUGUGUGUCUUCAGGCUGCUAUACCUCCUCUCUGAUGGUAGUAAUGAGAAGAGGGCAUGCCCUGGGUGGUGGGGGUCCUUAAUGAUGGAUGCCGCCCUUCUGAGACGUUGCCUUUUGAGGAAGUCCUGGAUCAUGGAAAGGCCAGUGCCCAUGCUGGAGCUGGCUGAGUUUACCACCUUGUGCAGCUUUCUUCCCAUCCUGUGCAUUGGCCCUUCCAUACCAGAUGGUGAUACAACUAGUUAGUCUGUCUUGUAGCCAGUAAACAUUUUCCUGUGCCCUCAGCAUUCUAAAGACAGUGAAUUACGGUUGAAGUGUAGUCAAUAUGUAACACUAAGGAGAUAGUGGCCAGAUAAACUGGUCACGAUCAUAUUAUUAGAUAACGAAGUCUAAGAGUGCAGACUGUACCAUAUUCAAUAUCUCAUCUGAAGUGUGGGCACUGUUACUGCUUUGCACUGUUGGUCUGGAUGAUAUAUUUAGGUCAACAGUUGGAUUCAAACUCUAUUCCAUUCUUUGGUGAAUGUGCUACCAACUUAGUUUCACCUUGAGGUUUGAAGUUUGUCAAGUCCAAGCCUGCUGUAACAUUAAUGUUUUAACUCAUCUAUCCUGCUUGAGCUCAAAUAAUCAGUCAUUUAGUCUGUCAGCAUCUGAAACUUGAAUAUGAAACUCUGGGGGUAGGAUGAUGAAGGAAAUGUUUUGCGUCAGGAAUUUUGCUUCAGCUCACGUGCCUUUCCUCAUAAACAGGACUGUGUUCUGUGCAGAUUGAGGGGUUGUUGAUGUGUAUUAUUUACUCCACACUUAGCUCUGGGGCUGCAGCAGCAAGAUUAUUCCAGUAGCCUGAUGCAGCUUUCCAGUUCUGCCUUCAGGCUCUCCCUAUCAGCAGUGGGGUUGAAAUGGACUGCGGUCACAAGAGGUAGGAGCAGAUGUGGACUUAACAACCCUUCGGCCUGCUCUGCCACUCUAUACUAUCAAGACUCAUGUGACAUUCAUCUCAAUUCUAAUUUCCUGUUCCUUCCCCAUAACCACUAGCUUCCCAAUGGUUUAAAACAAAAUCUGUCACUCUCAGUCCCGUGCGUAUUCAACGAUUCAGUCCUCACGACUUUUUGUAGUGCAGCAUUCAAAACGCUCAGGCUGAGGAAAAUUCCCCGACUGAUCUCCAUAUUAAAUGGACAACACACAAGAUGCUGGAGGGACACAGUGGGUCAAGCAGCAUCAAUGCAGAGAAGUAGACAGUCAAUCAUGGGCUGAGACCCUUCAUCAUUGAAUGUCCAUUUCUCUCUAUGGAUGCUGUCUUGAUUCAUAGAGCUCCUCUGGCAUUUUGUGUAUUGCUCAAUAUUCCAGCAUCUGCAGUCCUUUUGUCUCCGUUUUAAACGGAUGACCCCAUAUUCUGAGACAGUCACACUAGAUCUAGAUUCUAUCAAACAAGAGUACCAGAGGAGUCAAUCUCUCAGUAUCUACAAAGUUGAGCCCCUUAAGUUUCACUAAGACCACUUCUCAGUUUUGAAGUCUGGAGACCCACGUUGUCUUUUGACAGAGAAAAAUGGUAGUAGAACUGUUUACUUCUUUCUUCAACAUCAAAUCUGUGGAGAAGACUCGAUGGACCAAAUGGCCUAAUUCUGCUCCUAUAUUUUAUGAUCUUAUAUCUUAUAGUCUAGUAUUUAGGAGAUUGAGAAUACUGCUGACUAACAGUUGUCCCAGAGUACAUGCCCUUGGAUCCAUAUUGAAGUUCAGCUCUCGAUGGGAUUAUCUCCAAGGCCGAGGAAUCCAACAGAAACAUGUGCUGUGCCUUGGGACCACCUAAAACAAAACACUCUUUAUCUUGAUGCCUACUAGGUCCAAUAACAUCCAUACUUAAGGAACUCCGCUAUAUCAUUAUAGGCUUCAUUAUAAAAUAAAUGCACUUAAUUACUUAUAUUUCUUGGAUCUAAUUACUUUUACUUCUUGGAAUUUGAUAUCAAAUGGAUGCUUUUCAAUGUUAUUCUACAACAUCAUUGGGGGAAGACAAAGGAAAUGUUGGAAGUUGUUUUCCUCUGAAUCUGUUGGUUCACAUUGAGAAUGGAAUGAAGCUGCCAAAAAUUACUGUUACAAUUAGGAACAUUUCCAUUUUCAUGGACGUAUUCAGAGGUUUCAUUUAUCCAUAUCGGCAAAAUGGUGAGCAUGGUGGAAGGAGGGUAUUUUCUCAUUCCGGACAACACUGGAGCCUGGUGAAAGACUGAGAAUGUGUUGCAUAUUAUUUUGGUUAGAUUCUGGUGAGACCCUGCAGGUGAAAAUAGAUCCUGGGAGUCCUAAUGUCAAAGCAGGUGUGACGCUAGGCAAAAUGACUGUUGUUACUUACUGAAGCCUGAGACACCAGCUCAUCUAUAUGACUCAGACACUUCUAGUUGUCAAAAUAUAACAGUGUGAUGAUUAAUGUGAACUGAAAUAGCUAUUCCUAGCUUAGGACAGUUGAGACAUUACCUGCUGGCACAGUGUACAGUUGACUCCAACCUGCUUGGUGAGUGACUAUGACUAGGAAUACAUACUGUAGAAAAAGCCAAAGGUAUUGAGUCUCCUGUUUAUUUGAGAUUUUAAGGGAAAAAAAAAGUUAUGACCUUCUUUAAAACAAAAUCUCCAUUGAAUUAGAUUUACUGUUUUGUUAGUGCAGUACUAACCUACAGUAUGUGGAAGUUAUAGGUUACGAGAUUUCUUUUAUAAGAUUUUGCACCUAGAAGUAAUGUGUGAAGCUUUGACCCAGAUUUUGUGCUCGUAAUGACAACGAUCAUCACACCUUGAAACUAACAGCAACACCUGGAUCCCCUGUUUACAAAUCUUCAGGUGCACAUUCCAGAAGUUGUUGUCAGUGAUUCACUGAGUGUGCUGUUUACUGCCUUCUCCAGACUAAUAAGGAAAUUAAUGAAAAUUUCAGGUUUUUUCAAAACAUUUUUGUUAUUAAUUACUUUGAAGAUAUUCUGGUUAAUGCAGAAAAUUCUUAGUGCAACACUAAGCCAUAGUUACUGCUUCACAAACAUUCUCCUUUAAAUUAAUUUCUUUUGUUUUAUUUUUAACAAGGCUUGUUUAUUAUCAUCCAAAACCUCAAAGUGAAUUUAUUAUCACCUUUUACUACCCUGAGAUUCAUUUUCUUUCAGGCAUUCACAGCAUUAAGUGUGACUUUAUGUGUGUGCCCCCAAUCUUUACUGUAUUUUCCUCGCAGUAAAAUUAUCUAAAGUAUAUAAUAAGUUCUGCUAUUUAUUUCCUUUUUUGUGAUCCAUUUGAAUUCUUCAGUAUGAUUGGACAUUCAGCUAUCUCGAAAGGGUCACACCCUCAGGACCGAUGAGGAUAACCAGCAAAAGGAGGUUCACGUCCAUGGUGUCUAAAACCUUUAGGGGAGAAGUUCUCUUUUAGGUCACGGAUGAGCUGUGUGACUUUGCCAAUGAGCACAAGGUCUGGGCCAAUAACUGUUUUCAAUGAGAGAUGCAAUUGCACCAACAAGCAGGGUAGGCACAUUACUUGGGAGUUCAUGUCUUAGCACUAAUACCCUGCUCCACUUAUAUCAAAUGACUAUAUACCCCCUUGUUCUUACACAAGUACUUUUGAAAAUCAUGAAAUGAUGAAAUAAUUUCUAUGGCUAAUAUGUUGAAUUUGUAGAAAUUAUAAAAGUUCAACUAAAUAAAUGAAUAUAUCAAAAAAUAUAUUUUCUGAAAUAAAAAUUGAGCCCAACCGAAAGGGAAACUAAUGCUGUUUGGUUUGGCAAAAUGUGUAGACAAUCAAAGAAAGUGGCUAUUUUGUUGUACAUUUGAAUUAAAAAAAUAU